AUGCAAACCAUAACAAUACCAAAUAACAUCACCCUAACCAUGAAUAUAUCAGUCUCUUUUUUGUCAAUCACAUCAAGCUUCAUUAAUUUCUUUUGCAGACCAUUUCUCCUUCUCCAGUUCCAUAUUCUUCUUGGACAAGAUCAUAUUAUACUUGAACAAAUCCAUAUUCUCCCAAUGCAACUCAUAAAUCUUAAUCGUCAUCUCAGUUUAGCGAUAUCAAGACUACAUUUUCUUAUUGCAGACUGCAAUGAUUCCACAGAGUUAUACGUGGUUGCUGCCUCUGUAUCUGAUCGUGUCACUAGGAUGCUAUGGUCUGUUAAUGGUUGGGGUUGGUUUGAUGCAAUUUCCAACUUGUCCUCAGGAGGCACUCUUGUUACAGCAGGAUGUAAUUGAGGCCAAGGAAUUCUUGAAGCACAAAGGGGUAGAUGUGGGAUCUGAUUGACAUAAAAGGGAUGUCAUUUAUUUUAUACACUUUCUUUAUUUCUGAUUUUUGAUGGACCAAUGGUUAACUAAAGAUCUUCUGUGCUUCAUGUAACUUCAUCUGGUGGUUUACUCAAGUCUUCAGUAGUCAUCAAAAUAUUUUUUUGUACACUUUAGGUUCUUGAUUUUUUUGUAUUAUUUAUUUUAUUAAUGACUUGCUUUAUAGGUUUAAAUGAAUUUAAUAGGGUUAAAAAUGUCAUUUGGGUUAACCCGAAACAUAUAUACAGUCGGGUUUCUGGUAGAUUUUAUACCUUUUAUUUGGUGAAUAACCCGUUUAAGCCCAUGUGUAUUCAAUAUCAGUUUGUACUGUACAACACCCUUAAGCCAUACCCUUCUUCAUGUAUCUUUCACGUAAUCCUUCAAGCAUAUCAGAAAACCUUUUUAUUUAUUUAUUUUUUUUUUUUUAAAUUCAGCGUUGCAAUUCACAAACAGUAACACAAUCUUCCC